AUGGGAAAGUUGGGAGAGACAAAGAGGCCCCAGGCAGCUGACCCGAGGAACAGCAGCAGCACAGUGACAGACUUCGUCCUCGUGGGCUUUGAGCACAGCUCCCCUUCCACGCGGGCACUGCUCUUCACGCUGUUCUUGGCUCUCUACAGCCUCGCCAUGGCCAUGAAUGGCCUCAUCAUCUUCAUCACCUGGACUGACCCCAGACUCAACAGCCCCAUGUACUUCUUCCUUGGACACCUGUCCUUCCUGGACAUCUGCUUCAUCACCACCACCAUCCCACAGAUGUUGAUCCAUCUGGUGACCAAGAACCACACUGUCUCCUUUGCCUCCUGCAUGACACAGAUGUACUUGGUGUUUCUAGUAGGUGUGACCGAGUGCAUCCUCUUGGCCUUUAUGGCCUAUGAUCGCUAUGCUGCGAUCUGCCACCCACUCAACUACGCCCAGAUCAUGAGCCAGCAGGUGUGUGUCAGGCUGGUGGUUACUUCCUGGAUCUUUGGGAUGGUCAACGGCAUCUUCCUUGAGUAUAUAUCAUUCAGAAAUCCCUUCUGCAAAGACAACCACGUAGAAAACUUUUUCUGUGAGGCCCCCAUAGUGAUUGCCCUCUCCUGUGGCGACGCCAAGUUCAGCAUGAAGUUAAUCUUUCUUGAUGCCAUUGUGGUGCUGCUCAGUCCCAUGGUGCUCAUCGUCACCUCCUAUGCCCGCAUCCUGGCCUCCAUCCUUGGCAGAGCCUCCUCCUCAGGCAGAGGGAAGACAUUCUCCACCUGUGCCUCCCACCUGACUGUGAUCAUCUUUUUGUACACCUCAGCCAUGUUCUCUUACAUGAAUCCCCGCAGUACACACGGGCCUGACAAAGACAAGCCCUUCUCCCUCCUCUACACGAUCAUCAUCCCCAUGUGCAACCCCGUCAUCUACAGCUUCCGCAACAAGGAGAUGAAGGGGGCCAUGGGGAGGGCUCUAGGGAGAGGCAACCUGCCUUAG